GUUGUUUUCAAAAAGGGUUUUUUUUAGGGGGUAGCAAAAUUUGGGUGGCAAUGCGCAGGCGCGAGAGCGGCGUAAACAAAUGCCAAUGGUUCAUUGAAGGGGGUUUUAGCCUUCGGAGCGCGAAUAACGACAGUGUUCUUUGGGCCAUCGGCGGAACCAGAUAAAUCGGCGGAAUCUAUAGAGUAAUCGGGCGAUAAGACGGCGCGGCCCCAAGUGCAAUAAUCAAUAAACGUGCCGUGCAAACUUCGCUCUUAGCUAAAGAUAAAACCCAGUUGAUUGUGAAAUUGCUGCUAAACGAAAAAUAGAGAAAAAUAGAAAACAUAAAUUCCCCCCUUUUCGAUUGGAUUUUGAUGUAACCCCCAUUGGCAUUAGCACUUGCACUUUCCCCCUACAAUUUUUGGGGGUGGUUUUUCGCCCGGAAAAAUCCAUGAAAAUAAACGUCAAGUGCGCCACGCUGGUGAAAAACUGCUAGUAGUUUUUAUUUCCGUUUUGGGCCAAGAACUGAGCACGGCAUGUCUCUGGAGGAUCCCUUUUUCGUAGUCAAGGACGAGGUAUUCAAAGCUCUGAACAAAACCCGCGGCCUCUAUUUGCGUUGGCGGGAGUUGGGCGAAAGUGGAGGAACGGAGGCUGAAUGGACCACCACCGAGCUGCGUAACUCGCUCCGGAGCAUCGAGUGGGAUCUCGAGGACCUCGAGGACACUAUCAGCAUCGUUGAGAAGAAUCCGAGCAAGUUUCGGAUCGACAACCGUGAACUCUCCAGCCGGCGCCACUUCAUCGACAACACGCGCGAUGAGGUCAAGCAGAUGAAGGAUAAGAUGAGCCUGAACCGGAGCAGGGACAGAGACAUCACCGCACAUCAGCCGCUACUGGACAACGAUCGGCAUAGCCCCAAUCACAAUCACUCCAUUGCCAUACCCAACGCGAACUCCAAUUCCAAUUCCAACGAGUACCAUCAGCAUCCGCACAACGAUCGCACGUAUUUGGUGGAGUGUCCCAGUGGCAUAAUCAACGGCAACUCGCUGAUCAACAGUGGCAGCCAGGUGGUGGCCAAUACGAUUGCUGGAACCAUGUCGGCCGCAGCGGCAGCAGCUUCCCGCCACAGUGGCACCAAGUACUCCAAGCUGGAGAAUGCCCUGGAUAGUCCCAGUCAUUACGGGCAGACGCAUCACGGCGGCAUGGACAGUCCGAGCCAUAGGUAUGUGGGCGAGACGGUGUCCAUACAGCAGCGCAUGAUUCAGGGUCAGGAUGAGCAGCUGGAUAUGAUCAGUGAUUCGAUUGGCAUUCUGAAGACGGUAUCGCGGCAAAUUGGCGUGGAACUCGAUGAACAGGCCGUGAUGCUGGAUGACUUCGGAAACGAGUUCGAUACCACGGAGUCCAAAUUGGACAACACCAUGAAGAAAGUUGCCAAAGUCUUGCACAUGAAUAAUGAUAAACGACAAUGGGCCGCCAUUCUCAUCCUAUCCGGGCUGUUAUUGUUUGUGAUAAUUUUGUUUAUUAUUUUGUAAUUGCUUUCGCUUAUGUUUCAAAAAUCGGUUAUAUAUUUAGUGUAAAUUAGAUUUAUUUAUAACAUGGCUUGGUUUUUAAUUCCGGUCCCUUAAAGCAAAUCAAAUAGUAUUUAUUUAAACGAAUUAUCAGCAUAUUCCAAGUUAACUCCCUUGCUGUAUAUACACGUGGAAAAAUUUUAACCAGAUUUAUUACCAGCCUCUAUACAUACAUAUAUAUAUUUAAUGUAAUUCCAAAGCUACGGACAGAUGAUCAUGUAAAGUCAAUGUAGGCGGGUAAUAAAAGACAACUAACUACUUAA